GAAAAACUAAUCCAUGCAUUUGUUACUUCUAGGCUGGAUUACUGCAAUUCCUUAUUGUCAGGUUGCCCCAAUAAGUCCAUUAAAAUGCUCCAAUUAAUUCAGAACGCUGCAGCACGAGUACUGACAGGAACUAAGAAAAGAGAUCACAUCUCUCCUGUACUAGCUUCUCUGCACUGGCUCCUUGUAAAAUUUAGAAUUGAAUUUAAAAUCCUCCUCCUCACCUAUAAAGCUCUUCAUGGUCAGGCCCCUUCAUAUCUUAAAGAGCUCAUAGUACCCUAUUACCCCUCUAGAACACUACGUUCUCUGAAUGCUGGGCUACUUGUGGUUCCUAUAGUCUCUAAAAGUAGAACAGGAGCCAGAGCCUUCAGUUACCAAGCUCCUCUCCUGUGGAACCAGCUUCCAGUUGUGGUUCGGGAGGCAGACACCCUCACCACAUUCAAGAGUAGGCUUAAGACAUUCCUCUUUGAUAAAGCUUAUAGUUAGGGCUGGAUCAGGUGAGUCCUGAACCAUCCCUUAGUUAUGCUGCUAUAGGCCUAGACUAUCGGGGGAUUUCCCAUGGUGCACUGAGCUCCUCUCUUUCUCUCUCUCUCUCUUUCUGCACACAUUCAUGUUCCAUUAAUCAUGCAUGUUGCUAAAUUCACUUCUUCCCCGGCACCCGAUCUGACUGUUAUCAUACCAUUGAAUCAGCGUUAUCCUGAUACAAUCAUCCCACAGAUAGGGGCCAGUAGGGGCCUACUCUACCUACUAGUAGGUGCAGGAGGCAGUUAUCACCCAUUCAUCUGGCUGAUCCAAUACUAUUCAAGCCCAGCAGGUACAGAAGGUGUGUUAUCGAGCAGAGCAGUCACGUGACUGUCAGAUUUCUGUCUGCAUUUUCUUUAAUUUCAGUGGAAAAACAACAUUUGAAGAUAUUUUUGGCAUUAGAGUUCGUUGUGAUAACCGUGACACUGUCAAGAUAGCAACAACACAACAACACGUUUACCCACAUCCGGUGGACUGAAUUAGCAAAAUAAAUAUGCACUUUCAAAAUAAAGCCAGAAGAGAAUAUUUUACGAGCAAGAGUAACGUUAAUACUAAAGACACUAGUGGUUUCUAUUUCAUAAAUACACAUCCUGUAGAAGCGUUAUUAGGAUAAAGGAAAGUUAAACGUUAGGUUAGUUAAGUUAGUUGCUCAAUUACUGUAUACAUAAAUGCAUAUUUUAUUAAUCAAAUGCUUAAACAUCAGCUUUUAUUUUGAUUUCUCUGCCGUUGCGUGUCGACGUCAUCUUCUCCGACGCGACGCGCACGUUGGAUACGGUACCCUUUAACUUGGAUGUCACGUGGCGGUAAGAUACGUUUGGUUAAAAAUUCAACCACAAAGUAAAUAACAACAAUGCUUAGUUUUUACAUGUUCUUAUGAUUUGCCUGUAAAAACUCAAAAGCUUUGCAUUUUAGUUAGCUCAACUUAAACGCAACUAAAGUUAGCUCCUAGUAACUAACGUUAGCAAGUUAACCCUCUAUCUGUGUGUGUCUGUGUGUCUGUGUGUGUCUGUGUGUCUGUGUGUGUCUGUGUGUCUGUGUGUGUCUGUGUGUGUCUGUGUGUCUGUGUGUGGGGAUGAGUUCACAAGAACAACGCCACAUUUUGGAAAGCUUGGAGGAGCUGGUGGAGCAGCAGGAGUUUGAGGACCUCCUUCAGACAGGGGUUCAGACAGGGGCAGCAGCAGCUCCUCAACCCCCGCUGAAGGUGAGGUGGACAGAGAGGGACGCGGAUCCAGACAUGCUGAACGCCGUUGUAAGACCGGUCUCACCUCACACCCUCAUGUAGAGGGGACCUUUGCUCCAGAGACUGCUUCACACACAGAUUCUGCUGAAUGUCUUUUGCAAGAUCUGCAACCCUCCCUGAGCUGCUCUGAUGAAGAGCUUAGUGAAGCAUCAGCAGCCCAAAGAGCUCCUCUGGCUUCUCUGGAUUGGAGCAUUCGCAAUGCUCUCUUUUCAGAGAGAUGGAGAGAAAAGAGACCAUCUCUUCUUAGUAGCAUGCUGGCCAAGGAGAGUAUGGCAACAAAUGGCUGGUUGUAAAUGUAAAUAUUACCUUGUAGGACGGUAUGAUCUCAACAUGCCUGAGCUGACCUGCGAGGGAUGCCAGGCAACUUGGACUGCAGGACUUGAUGACCUGAUAAAAAGUGGAUACUGACCUGCCACCCUUCAUUUUGUAACAAUUUAUGAGACAGACCUGUUUUAUACGUUUGAAGACAUGAAGAUGGCAUCACCCGGGAUGUCUUUUCAGGCAUAUCUAAGAAUGCUUGAGAAGCGGACUGCUCGCUUUGGCCGUACUGGGAAGAUCUCAUCAGACAGCUUCCAAAAAAGCUUUUUUUGAAUGGGCUGCUGUACAAUAUGAGGUUGACUCCACCUGCAAGGAGGAGAAAUUCAUCUGUCCUGCCUGUACCCCAGCAAUGCUUUCUGUCUCAGUGGAUGGAAACCGCAAGCGUUACCGCUUCAAAAGUACUGCAAGAUCUCAGGAGCGGGCCAUCUUUGACGGUGUCUUCAUUGCAAAAGAUGACGAUGUGACCAGAUUUGUGGAUCACAUCCACAGCAAAAAAAUACAUGUCACUGGAAGGAGCAAUUGUGGUGGGGAGUGGUCAGCUGCCAGAGAGACCUCCCAAAGAUCAAGCAGUAAGGUGGAUGAGGAGGGACUGGAGCUGGCAGUGUGCAGGCAUGAUGUCUUGCUGGCUGCCCUUAAUAUGUUUGUACAUGCUAAAGCGCAUGACUUCAAAUGUGAGGUGAAAUGGAGUGGCACAAACCAAGAAGUUGCUGGUAAAACACUAGGGGAGGAAGUAGAGCAAUGUAAUGCUUCCCUCUCCAGGAUAUCAGUCACCACAAAGCAUAUUUCAAAAGCAGGACGCAAUGACAUGCUGACACUCCUGGCCGUAAGAUGGAACCAGCAGAAAUGUCCAAACCUGGCUACUGGACUUUCCCAGAGAUACCAUAAGACAUCUAAAGCUUUUAAUAUCCCGAUUGGGGACCUGGAAACCCUCAAAGCCCAGCAUCAACUGGGUGAACAAACUGUGGAAGAAUUUGUGCAAGAAGUAAAAGAAUGGGCAGAUGGAGAAAUUGACCAUCAAGGCACACCACAAGCUUUGUGUAAGAAGAUUGAGGCCUUCACAACCAGCAUCAACACGAGAGCUCAACUCCUAUAUCGGAAAAAUGACCGCAACAAAGGCCGACAUAGAAUUCGCAGAAAGUAAGGGAACAGAAGACCACUUUAAAGGCCAUGGUAGCGGAGUACAACAGUCUUGUUGCAUGGAUAGCGUUCUGGACACAGAACAUCCCUUAUUACACAGAGUGGCUCUGCUGAUUUCAGCACAAAGAAAUAAGUCUUCGAUAGGGUCAUGGGUGUUCAAAGGCUUCAAGAGGAGAAGAAGAUCCUUGUGAAAGAAAUGAAGCAGCACUGGGAGUCUCUCAAAGCCCAUGCCAGGGUCUUGUCCGAGUUGUCUCAGCAUCAGAGUGAAGACGCCAUGCAAAGACAUCUCACAGAGAAAGCAACAAAGUGUCACACCUGCCUCAUCCUUCCAGUGGGAAAUGAGAGAGCUGCAGCAGCAUACAAGAAAACACUACCUGCAUGUGCUGUCAUCAGCAGAUGACAUAAUGGACACAAUGGACAGUUCAGAUGAGUUCGACAUUAGCUGUGGAGAUUCAGAGUCUGAUGCAAUGUAAAACAGGAAGAUGUGGUGCUCAUGAUCACAGUGCACCGUGUGCGACACAUGGUCACACAGAGCAUGUGGCUUUAAAAAGUGACUAACGUAUGUGCUCAUUGUCAGGAUUAAGUUGGAGAUGACAGUUGUAGUUUUUGUAUUAGGUUGUUGUUAUUUCUGCAUUUGGUUUUGAAAUGUUUCAUCACUUAUAUAAGGUUGGAUUUUUCUACUGGGUUGUGGGAAGUUCCUGGUUAAUGUUGUCUUACAUCUUUACAACAAAAAACACUGUCCUUUACUGUCUUAUCUUUGAUUCACGUUCAGUUCAGCAUCUUUUCAGGGAUUUUCUUUCCAGUUGAUCUUUACUGUUUGAUUAAUAAUUGUUCUUUAAUGUUUAAUUAAACAAAGGCACAAUAAAGCUACAUUUCUGAUUGA